AUGCUGAAUCUCCGAGGACCGGGAAAAUCCUUGCAUAUAAUCCACCAUGCGUCUCCCAUACAUAGCAGACCCCCGCCGACCAGCACACCGGACGAAGCCCGAAUCCUCGCCAGUGUCCAAGCACGCCGAGCCCCGAACCCACUUCUCCCCCUCGACCUUACUCUCCUCCACUCAUAUCCCGUAACCGAAGGAUGGAACUCAUUUAUCGGUGCAAUUCGCACGAGAACGACCCUCUCGACCGUUGUUCGCGAAUUAGCAAUCUGCCGCGUUGCGGUUGUCAAUGGCGCCCUGUUCGAGUGGGAACAGCAUGCACCUCUGCUGCAAGCGGGUGGGUUAAGCCAGGAGGCAUUGAAGUUUGUUGGGGAUGCUCAGGCGGACUUCUCUGGGGAGAAUGCGUGUUCAGUCUUGAGUGCUGAGCAGCGGGCUGUGCUGAAGUAUACCGAUGCGAUGACCAAGACUGUCACGGUGCCUGACGACGUCUUUGCGGAGUUGAAGGGCUUCUUUGAUGAGCGGGAGGUUGUGGAAAUUACCGCCACUGUUGCUGCUUAUAAUUGUGUUAGUCGGUUUUUGGUGGCUUUGGAUGUUGGGGAGAAGAAUCACUGA